GGCGGUAGGCGGGGCAUCGCGGCGCUGCUGCGCGCCUAUUGGCUGAGGCGGGAGGAGCUGGGCUCUGGUUGGCUCUGCGGGUCGCCCCCCCGCUCGCUGGUCGUGCGGGUAUUUCUGGGCAGGAGCGGGGUCAGGGUGCGGAGCCGGAGGAGCCUCGUCCUGCGGGAUGGCUCAGUGGUAUCAGCUCCAGCAACUUGACUCCAAGUUCUUGGAGCAAGUUCACCAGCUAUACGAUGAUAGCUUUCCUAUGGAAAUCAGGCAGUACCUGGCACAGUGGCUAGAAAACCAGGACUGGGAACAUGCAGCCAGCAACGUGUCUUUUGCUACAGUGUUAUUCCAUGACCUGCUGUCACAGCUUGAUGAUCAGUUUAGUAGAUUCUUAAUAGAAAACAACUUUUUGCUGCAACACAACAUAAGGAAAAGCAAACGUAAUCUUCAGGAUAACUUCCAGGAAGACCCCGUACACAUGGCAAUGAUCAUCCACAACUGUCUGAAAGAAGAGAGGAAAAUACUGAACAGUGCCCAGCUGUCAAGUCAGAUGGAAGUGGGAAGCGUACAGAACACUGUGAUCGGGAUGCUGGACAAACAGAAGGAGCUUGAUUUGAAAGUUAAGGCUGUAAAAAACAGUGUUGUAGAUGUGGAGCAAGACAUCAAGACAUUAGAGGAUAUGCAAGAUGAAUAUGACUUUAAAUGUAAAACCUUGCAAAAUAGAGAGCAUGACUCCAUUGGUGUGUCACAGGAGGAAUUGAAGAAAGAGCAAAUGAAUCUCAAUAAGAUGUUUUUAUCACUUGACCUCAAGAGAAAGGAAGUGGUGAACAAGAUUGUACAGCUGCUGAACAACACAGAGCACACACAGAGUGCUCUGAUUAAGGAGGAGCUGGUGGAAUGGAAACACAGGCAGCAGACCGCGUGCAUCGGUGGCCCACCCAACGCCUGUCUUGACCAGCUACAGAACUGGUUCACCAUUGUUGCCGAAAGUCUACAGCAAGUUCGUCAGCAGCUCAAAAAGCUUGAAGAACUGGAACAGAAGUUUACGUAUGACCCGGAUCCCAUCACCAAAAAUAAACAAGUGCUGCAGGACCGAACAUAUAGUCUUUUCAAACAGCUCAUCCAGAGCUCCUUUGUGGUAGAGAGGCAGCCUUGCAUGCCAACACACCCUCAGAGGCCCUUAGUCCUGAAGACAGGAGUACAGUUUACUGUAAAGCUGAGAUUGUUGGUGAAACUGCAGGAACUGAAUUACAAUUUGAAAGUGAAAGUUCUAUUUGAUAAAGAUGUAAGCGAGAAGAACUCAGUCAAAGGGUUCAGGAAAUUUAAUAUUUUGGGAACAAACACAAAAGUAAUGAACAUGGAAGAAUCCACUAACGGAAGCCUAGCAGCAGAAUUCAGGCACUUGCAAUUGAAAGAACAGAAAAACGCAGGAAACAGAACAAAUGAGGGUCCUCUUAUUGUAACAGAAGAACUUCACUCUCUGAGUUUUGAGACACAGCUGUGCCAGCCUGGCUUGGUGAUAGACCUAGAGACCACGUCCCUUCCCAUCGUUGUGAUCUCAAACGUCAGCCAGCUGCCCAGCGGAUGGGCUUCUAUCCUGUGGUUCAACAUGCUGUCUGCUGAUCCCAAGAACUUGUCCUUCUUCCUGAAUCCGCCUUAUGCAAACUGGUCUAAACUUUCUGAAGUUCUGAGCUGGCAGUUUUCAUCUGUAACAAAGAGAGGACUUAAUGCAGAUCAGCUGAGCAUGCUGGGAGAGAAGCUACUCGGUCCAACAAGUGGAGGAUCUCACGAUGGCCUUAUUCCUUGGACAAGAUUCUGCAAGGAAAAUAUGAAUGAUAAAAGUUUCCCCUUUUGGCUGUGGAUUGAGGGAAUCCUGGAGCUGAUUAAGAAACACCUCCUGUGUCUCUGGAAUGAUGGCUGCAUUAUGGGUUUCAUAAGUAAAGAGAAAGAACGCGCUUUACUGAAGGACCAGAGCCCAGGAACGUUUUUACUGAGAUUCAGCGAGAGCAGCAGAGAGGGAGCCAUCACAUUUACUUGGGUGGAAGGAUCUCAAAAUGAGCCCCAGUUCCACUCGGUAGAGCCGUACACCAAGAAGGAGCUCUCUGCUGUUACUUUCCCUGAUAUCAUUCGCAACUACAAAGUGAUGGCAGCUGAAAACAUUCCUGAAAAUCCACUGAGGUUUCUGUACCCAGAUAUACCUAAAGACAAUGCCUUUGGCAAAUACUACUCCAGGCCUAAGGAGGCACCAGAGCCGAUGGAUUUGGAUGGUCCCAAGGGAAAUGGCUACAUCAAGACUGAGUUGAUCUCUGUAUCUGAAGUCCACCCUUCCAGGCUCCAGUCUCCAGAAAACCUGCUCCCCAUGUCUCCUGAAGAAUUCUACGAGGUCUCUCGGAUAGUAGGCCCAGAAGAGAUUGAUACUGUGAUGUGUUCAGCAUAUACAACGUAAAGCUUUCUGCUACAUCAUUAACGCAGCUGAUUAGCUUCUGCAUCCUGCUCUGCAGUCAGUGACUUGGUGACACGCUUUAAUUGUUUGGGAAGGUCCUAAAUAUUUUAGAGCACAUCAGUUUCUCAUCCUGGAGGUCUGGUAGCAGCUUUUAGCUAAUGGGAAUAUGAACAGCAGUCUGAGCAGCCUCCUUACUUGCACCUUUUUUGUUUAGAAGUUCUUUGUUAAGGAAUUUUCAGUUAGUGAAAUAAUGUGCAGGGGUGGAGGAAGAGAGGAGGAUGGGAACGAGAGGUCUUCAGCAAGAAUGAUGGGAGAAACGUGUUUUUUUUGUUAAAGGGAAUUAGUUAAAUGUGACGUUUAAAAGAGUUGGCUCUAAACAAAAGGCUUCGAAGGAGAGGUAGUUCUUUUGCAGAGGCUCUCGUUCGGAAAGCUGCACCUUCUGCCUUACUACUUCUGAGGAAUUUUCAUAGCUUUGAAUUCUCACCUGCAUCACAGAAAGGAGCAAACGCCACACUGAAUCCAUGUGCUGCCCAAGUUUGUCCCGGUUUUAUCUUUUCUAAGGGUACGGCCUACUGAGAAAACAGCAGUCAGAAGUGUUAUCUGCAUUUCAUUUUCACUUGUUUCUUAAGGCAGGGUCUUCUUGUGUAUGAUGUUCAGCACAAUCUUUCUCAUAGAGAGCGCGUCUUGGCAGACCACCUUAAAGCACGUGCUGACCUUACAACUCAACCUGCACAAUCAAGACCAAAGCCCCUACAGACUGCAGCCACGCUGUCUGGCAGCAGUAUUGGACAAAACAAGAACCUCCUCUUUUUAAAGGGUGCGAAAGGUGGUGCAGUAUGUUUUUAUUCACAGUGCUUCAUGUACCACAGUGAGGAUCUAGCCAGUCAUAUCCUUUACAAUACUGCAUACCCCAUUUAGGUUGUAACAGGUGAAACAGAGCUUCAUUUUCUCAUGCACUGUGAACCAGGGCAUUUAUUUAACUGUUGAUCUGAACAGCUAGAAGACUCCACAGGCUUUGAUAAGGAAGUGGGUUUGCAAUUAUGAAAAAGGCACAGGAAAGUGAAGAUGCUGGAUCAAUCAGCUGCUGCUUAAAAAAAUAAAUGAAUGGUUCAAUUUAGUGUGUUGUGCCGAGGAAGACUGAUGUGCCCCCUGCAAAAGCCAGAGAGAAGGAAAAUUUAAAGGACCUAGAGCAUAUUAUGUAUGUAUUUUAACAGAAACCAUUGCUAAACUGACUUAUUUUUGGUAGCCGGGCUUACUGAGGUAAACAGUGGUACAGAAUAGCACAUGGUGACUUAAUGCUUUUAUUGUAAGUAGCUGUACGUCUAUAUUGUAAUAAAAAAAAUCAAAGAUUUGUUUCUUGAGCUACACCUUGUACUCCUGUUCCAUAUACAUAUACAGCAGUUUGUUUUCAUUACUUUUCUAUUUCAGUAUUAUCAACCAGGGUGAAAUUUGAGGUUGAAAGCAGGGGCCUUAUUCCUGGCUUUGUUUUUACACAGCCAGUAAUUGUAGAAGCAAUGGUUUUUUUCCCCCACAGUGGAACAUUCUUUUGCCAUUUUAAAUAAAAGGAACUGUCAGUUGA